GCCGCUACCGCUGCCUUGCCCUGCUCAUCAGCUGCGGAGCCGGCAUCUCGCUGCUGUAGCCGCAGUCUCAGCCCCCCCCCCCCCCUUUCUCUCUCGAACAGGGGAUCUAGGGCUCCUUGCUCCAGUUCUUCUCGCAGCCAGGGGACCCCCCACCAGUCCUGCCGCAGCUCUCACCAUGGCCAUCGAGAAGGAGAAGAAAACCUGCGGGCAACUCAUGGCGGAGUGGAGGGAGUUUGUGUGGAACCCCCGCACUCACCAAUUCAUGGGGCGCACCGGCACCAGCUGGGCACUGAUUUUGUUGUUCUACCUGGUGUUCUACGGCUUCCUCACUGCACUUUUCACACUCACCAUGUGGGUCAUGCUGCAGACGGUGGACCCCUACAUCCCCAAGUACCAGGACCGCCUCUCUGUGCCUGGGAUGAUGAUCCGCCCCAAGACGGACACCCUGGACGUGACCUUCAAUGUCAGCAACACGGAGACCUGGGAUGAUUAUGUCAAGAUGCUCAAUGACUUCUUGGAGCCCUACAACGACUCCAUCCAGGUAGCCACCAACGAUGUAUGCCGCCCAGGGCGUUACAAUGAGCAGCCGGACAACGGGGUUCUGAACUACCCCAAGCGGGCCUGCCAGUUCAACCGCACGUCGCUGGGCAACUGCUCCGGCCUCAGCGACCCCUCACACUAUGGCUAUGCCGAUGGCCGCCCUUGCAUCCUCAUCAAGAUGAACCGGGUCAUCAACUUUUUUGCAGGGGCCAACCAGACCAUGAACGUCACUUGUGCUGCGAAGAAACCUGUUUCCAAACUUGAGGCGCUGAACCCCGAAAUGUGGCACGCAAAAGAGGAAGAUGCACAGAAGCUGGGUGAGAUGGCUAUGUUCCCCCCUGGUGGCCACAUCGACCUCAUGUACUUCCCCUACUACGGCAAGAAAGUCCAUGUGAACUAUACCCAGCCGAUCGUGGCAGUAAAGUUUCUGAACCCAGAGGCCAACAUGGACCACAACGUAGAGUGCAAGAUCAAUGCAGCCAACAUCGCCACUACUGAUGAGCGGGACAAGUUUGCUGGACGUGUGGCCUUCAAGAUCCGGGUCAACAGGGACUGAGCCCCACCUUCCCCCCCCACCUCUCCUGGGGAUCCAUCCCCCCAGUGGGCAGGGCUUGCUGGAGGAAGAAGAACCUGUUUCCUAGGCAAAGAAUGCCUGGGGCUUCACCCCUAGCAUGUUCUGGGCGGGGCUUGAUGGAGGAGGAGCCUAUUUCAUUGGCAGGGGAUCCCCUGGGGAAUUUUUUUGCGGUGGAGGAGGGGUUGCUUUGGAAAUUGUCCUGUUGACAAUCCUAGGAUGACUAACCUGGCUCUUAUGGCUGUUUUAGUGACCCUCCACCCCUCUUUGAUUUUACCCCUCGCGCGCUCCUGAAAUUUGCAGAUUACACCGAUGAGUCUGGUACCAUCCACACACUCCCAAAAACCUUUGGAAUGCUACGUUGCUUGAUCUCUUCUAAAGCCCCU